GAUCCUACACGCCCAGUGGCCGUGACGACCUAAGGCUACGACUUCGAGUUGUACAGAACAAACAAAACCGUUUCAAAAUGAUAAUGGCGUAAUUUUAUUUUGCCUCAGCUAGAACAACUCUCACAAUGUUUGUGUUAGCCGAAAUGAGAGACACUGUUCGAAUCAAACCAUGGCUCUUUUCUCUCGAUAUACAAGAGGCGGUAGAAAAUAAGCUCAACAAGAAAUUUGCUAAUAAGGUUGUACAUAAUGUUGGUUUGUGCAUAGUACUGUAUGACAUUCUAAGCAUAGGUGAUUCAUACAUUGUUCCAGGAGAUGGCUCAUCCCAUACUCCAGUAACUUUUAGAUUUGUUGUAUUCCGUCCUUUUAUCGAUGAGAUAUUGCUGGGAAGAAUAAGAAGUUGUAACCAUGAAGGCAUACAAGUUUCCAUGGAGUUUUUUGAUGACAUAUUUAUUCCACAUGAAUAUAUCCAGCAGCCCUCCAAGUUCGAAGAAGAUGAGCAAUUGUGGGUGUGGCAGUACCAAACCGAUGAUGGCACGCAUGACAUGUUCAUGGAUAUCAAUGAAGAAAUUCGUUUUCGUGUGGUUGAUGAAACGUUUGUGGAUCUCACUCCUACUGGACCAGAAGUACACAAUAAAGAUCAAUUAUCUGUCGAAGAGCAAGAGAUCAAGAAAUCUCCUUAUUCAAUAACGGCUUCAAUAAGUGAACCUGGUCUUGGCCUUUUGUCGUGGUGGACAUGAAGCAGCCGAGUAGAUUAAUUUUAUCAAGCACACGAGACGUUUUUACUUAUUUUGCCUCUCAUUGACAUGAAACUGAAAUGUGUGAAUUUGUACUCCUUCAUGCAACCAAAGAUCCCCCCCCCCCUCCCUUCCCCUUCCGUUUGUAAAGACAUUUUUGGACAAAACAUUAUCCAUUUCUUAUUUAGGACCCCAAACCAAGUUUAUGUACCAAAUUUGAGCAAAAUCCGUGAAGUAGCCUGGCCAUCUGUUUCUAAAUUGGCUUGAUCCUAACGAACUAUUGCGCUAGGGUUUCUAACCCCAACUUGCGCUACAGUUUCUAGCCCUAGCUUGCGCUAACUUUUCUAAAGCCAACUUAUGUUAGGCUUUCUCGCCCCAACUUUCGCUAAGGAUCCUAACCUCCGUCAGGGUAACUAGUCCGAGUUUGCACUAGGAUUUCCAACUCCAUCUUUCGUUAACCCCAACUUGCGCUUAGUUUCCUAACCCCAACUUUCGUUAGUGUUUGUAGCCCCAACUUGCGCUUGGUUUUUGCGAUUGGUAUUGAAAUUAAUUAAGUUUGAUUGGAUUGUAAAGCGCUGCUGACUGCUGCUGAUAGAAAGCCUUUUACCUGAUUUACGAAGGAAGAAAGGGCGAUUUGCCCAGUCUGCAACUCGGGAAUUAUUGGUCAAUCAAUGUAUCAAUCAAUGUAUGCCUAUAAGAGACGCUAAGAUCAUAAGAAUAUAGGCGACAAUAUAGGCUAGGAUUAGUUUAUUGGAUCACAACCUAUUCACUUUCUACAGUAUAAAGUGCCAAAUAAAAAAAUAUAUGAUGUA